AUGCAGACCCUCUUCAUCACCUGCACAGGUGCUGCUGCAGACCCUCUUCUUCCUCUUCAUCACCUGCACAGGUGCUGGUGCAGACCCUCUUCAUCACCUGCACAGGUGCUGCUGCAGACCCUCUUCCUCCUCUUCAUCACCUGCACAGGUGAUGUUGCAGACCCUCUUCCUCCUCUUCAUCACCUGCACAGAGCCAAAAUGGCCACCGCUCCAUACAACUACUCCUACAUUUUUAAAUAUAUUAUUAUCGGCGACAUGGGUGUUGGAAAGUCAUGUCUGCUUCACCAGUUCACAGAAAAGAAAUUCAUGGCCGACUGUCCUCACACCAUCGGAGUGGAGUUUGGGACCAGGAUCAUCGAGGUGAGCGGACAGAAGAUAAAGCUGCAGAUCUGGGACACUGCGGGACAAGAGCGCUUCAGGGCCGUGACCCGAUCCUACUACCGCGGGGCCGCAGGGGCCCUCAUGGUCUAUGACAUCACCAGGAGAAGCACUUACAAUCACCUCAGCAGCUGGUUAACGGACGCGAGAAACCUCACCAACCCCAACACUGUGAUUAUUCUCAUAGGAAACAAAGCCGACCUCGAGGCGCAGAGAGACGUCACGUAUGAAGAAGCCAAGCAGUUUGCUGAAGAGAACGGUCUAUUAUUCCUGGAAGCUAGUGCAAAAACCGGUGAAAACGUUGAGGACGCUUUCCUUGAGGCCGCAAAGAAAAUCUACCAGAACAUCCAGGACGGGAGCCUGGACCUGAACGCCGCAGAGUCAGGGGUGCAGCACAAGCCCUCCGCUCCACAGGGGGGCAGGCUAACCAGCGAACCACAACCUCAGAGAGAAGGCUGCGGCUGCUAA